AAGAAAGGAAAACAAGAAGGAAAAGGAGACACCAGUUGACGUAGAGGAAGGAGGGACAGAUACAGAAAGAGAAAUCCAUAUAAGCAGGGUUCUUCUUUGACAUGGAACUGCUAUUUGGAGGAUUCUCUUGCUUUGAAAAAGGGAAGAUGGACAGAAAAUUGAGAGAUCACCGGUCUCUACAAAAUGAAGUUGAAAAGGGCCCAAAAAAAUCCCUCCCUUGGAAAAAAAUGUGUUGUUUGGUGCCAAAGCAUACAGAAAGCUUAUAUGGAACUAUGGAAAGAGUCAGAAGGAAUGCUACGUUUGAAAUUCCAUUUUUUGUUACUUCUGGAGAGGUUUUGAAAGAGGCCAUUUGUAAAAGAUAGCCGAUCAGCUUCCCUGGAUUUCGCUGACGACACAAGAAAGCUUUGCUUGAAGAUGGAAACACUGGAGUCGGAACUGACCUGCCCUAUCUGUCUGGAGCUGUUUGAAGACCCACUGUUGCUGCCCUGUGCUCACAGCCUCUGCUUCAACUGCGCGCAUCGCAUACUCGUCUCCCACUGCGCCUCCAACGAGUGCGUUGACUCCAUCACCGCCUUCCAGUGCCCCACCUGCCGUUAUGUCAUCACCCUCAACCAGCGGGGUCUAGACGGGCUGAAGCGCAACGUGACUCUGCAGAAUAUCAUCGACAGGUUCCAGAAGGCUUCGGUGAGCGGGCCCAACUCCCCCAGCGAGACCCGGCGCGAGCGGGCGCCGGACGGCGGCAGCAUGACCUCCAACGAGAAGGUGCUCUGCCAGUUCUGCGACCAGGACCCCGCCCAGGAUGCCGUGAAGACCUGUGUCACUUGCGAGGUGUCCUACUGCGAAGAGUGCUUGAAAGCCACUCACCCGAACAAGAAGCCCUUCACUGGCCACCGCCUGAUAGAGCCCAUCCCGGACUCUCACAUCCGAGGGCUCAUGUGCCUGGAACACGAGGAUGAGAAAGUGAAUAUGUACUGCGUGACCGACGACCAGUUGAUCUGUGCCUUGUGUAAGCUGGUUGGGCGACACCGGGAUCAUCAGGUGGCGGCUCUGAGCGAGCGUUACGACAAGUUGAAGCAAAAUUUAGAGAGUAACCUCACCAACCUCAUUAAGAGGAACACGGAGCUGGAAACCCUUUUGGCUAAACUCAUUCAAACCUGCCAGCAUGUAGAGGUAAACGCAUCCCGACAAGAGACUAAGCUCAUGGAGGAAUGUGAUCUUCUCAUUGAAAUCAUACAGCAAAGACGACAAAUUAUUGGAACCAAAAUCAAAGAAGGGAAGGUGGUCAGGCUGAGAAAGCUGGCCCAGCAGAUUGCAAACUGCAAGCAGUGCAUUGAGCGCUCGACUUCUCUCAUCUCCCAAGCUGAACAGUCUCUAAAGGAGAAUGAUCAUGCUCGCUUCCUCCAGACGGCUAAAAAUAUCACUGAAAGGGUAUCCAUGGCAACUGCAUCCUCACAAGUUCUAAUUCCUGAAAUUAACCUCAAUGAUACAUUUGACACCUUCGCGUUGGAUUUUUCCAGAGAGAAGAAAUUGCUAGAAUGUUUGGAUUACCUUACAGCUCCCAAUCCUCCAACCAUCAGAGAAGAGCUGUGCACCGCUUCCUAUGACACCAUCACUGUCCACUGGAUGUCCGAUGAUGAGUUCAGCGUUGUUUCAUAUGAGCUUCAGUACACUAUCUUCACCGGACAAGCCAAUGUAGUUAGUUUGUGUAACUCAGCCGACAGCUGGAUGAUUGUUCCUAACAUCAAACAAAACCACUACACAGUGCACGGGCUUCAGAGUGGCACCAAAUACAUCUUUAUUGUCAAGGCUAUUAAUCAGGCUGGCAGCCGGAACAGUGAGCCUGGCAAGUUGAAGACAAACAGCCAGCCAUUUAAACUGGAUCCCAAGUCUGCCCACCGAAAACUCAAGGUGUCCCACGAUAACCUGACGGUUGAACGUGAUGAAACCUCGUCCAAAAAGAGUCACACGCCGGAGCGGUUCACCAGCCAGGGGAGCUACGGAGUGGCUGGAAAUGUGUUCAUUGACAGUGGGCGCCACUACUGGGAGGUAGUCAUAAGCGGCAGCACAUGGUAUGCCAUUGGUCUCGCUUACAAGACAGCACCGAAGCAUGAGUGGAUUGGGAAGAAUUCUGCUUCCUGGGUGCUGUGCCGUUGUAACAAUAAUUGGGUGGUGAGACACAACAGCAAGGAAAUUCCAAUUGAACCCGCCCCCCACCUCCGACGCGUGGGCAUCCUGCUGGACUAUGACAAUGGCUCCGUCGCUUUUUAUGAUGCUUUGAACUCGCUCCACCUUUAUACUUUUGACAUUACGUUCGCCCAGCCCGUGUGUCCCACAUUCACUGUGUGGAAUAAAUGUUUGACAAUUAUCACGGGCCUUCCCAUACCAGAUCACUUGGACUGCACAGAGCAGCUGCCGUGAUUGCGGCUGGAUGGAAAAGGAGCGGAUGCUGAACUUGGGACACUGCAGGAGGCCAGCCCACAAGAGGUUGACCAGAACUCUUCAACUAUGUGGGGGCAUAAAAGGUGUCCAUAAAUUAGCCCAGAUGGGGCUGGAAAGAGGACCCUCUCUCUCUCUCACACACACACUCUCCACAGCGUGUUUUGUAUUAAAGGGCAGGAAAUGGCUUUAAUAAUUUCUUGGAACACUUUUUGUA